CUCUAUCCAAUCUCUUUAGGUUAUGCAGGUUGUGAGGGAACAGAUCACACGGGCUCUCCCCUCCAAACCCAACUCCUUGGACCAGUUCAAGAGCAAACUGCGCAGCUUGAGCUAUUCAGAGAUUCUGCGAUUACGCCAGUCUGAAAGAAUGAGCCAGGAUGACUUCCAGUCACCACCCAUUGUAGAGCUGAGAGAGAAAAUCCAGCCUGAGAUCUUGGAGCUGAUAAAGCAGCAGCGCCUGAACAGGCUCUGUGAGGGGAGUAGCUUUCGAAAAAUUGGGAAUCGCAGAAGACAAGAAAGAUUUUGGUAUUGUCGAUUGGCUCUGAAUCACAAGGUGCUACACUAUGGAGAUCUGGAAGAUAACGCUCAGGGUGAAGUCACAUUUGAAUCGCUACAGGAAAAAA